AUGCACACGGGAGCGAAGCUCCAAGCGGUCAUCUCAGACGUGCUGCUAUUCACGCGACGGCGCAAGCUCAUCUUUAUGACGGACAUCACAAAGAUGUUUCGUCAAAUUCGAGUGCAUCCGGAUGACUGGCCGCCCCAACAAAUUUUAUGGACCGACUUAAAUGGAGAUAUCGUCACCUGUCAGCUCACCACGGUCACGUAUGGCACAAGGUCAGCUCCAUUUCUCUCCAUACGUGUGCUUCAUCAGCUCGUCGAGGAUGAAGGGUCGAAGUAUCCCCUCGCUGUGGAACCGCUCAUGAAAGAACGAUAUGUUGACGAUAUCUGCGGAGGUGCUGAUUCAGCUGAAGAACUACUCAGGACCGCUCACCAGGUGACGCAGCUCUGCCUGUCAGGAGGCUUUCCAUUAGCCAAAUGGCACUCGAAUAGCCCAGCUCUACUUACAUAUCUUCAACCUGACAGCACCUCUCAAAAUCAACGAUCCAUAGAGGACUCAUUCACCAAGAUUCUUGGGGUUUCUUGGCAUCCAGGAACGGACAAGUUCAAGUUCUCAGUCACUCAGCCUGAGACCAGCUCAAUAACGAAGAGGAUCAUAUUAUCGGAGACGGCUCAACUCUUCGAUCCGCUCGGCUUCCUCGCACCAGUGGUCGUGCGAGCGAAGAUUCUGCUUCAGGCUCUAUGGAUCGAGAAACUGGGGUGGGACGAACCAGUCUCGCCGACGACUGCUCAACGAUGGCGUCAGUUCAGGGAGGAACUCACACAGUUGUCAGAGAUCACCAUACCUCGGUGGCUUGGACUGCUCAAAGACUCAAUUGUGGAGGUACACGGAUUUUCUGAUGCCUCACAAGUGGCUAUGUCAGCCGUGGUUUAUCUCAAAAUCUUCAACGGGGAUAAACAGGAUGUCACACUGGUCUGCUCAAAAACGAAGGUCGCACCGCUCAAAAGGCUGACAAUUCCACGUCUAGAACUCACUGCAGCUCUUCUCCUUGCCAAACUGACCAAAUACGUCAAGGACCAACUCAACCUCACGAACGCCACCACGUAUCUUUGGACGGACUCAUCGGUCACGCUUACUUGGAUCAGCUCUCAUUCAUCAAGGUGGAAGGAGUUCGUGAAGAACAGGGUGUCACUCAUUCAGGACCUCACUCAGCAGGCUCACUGGAGGUUGGUACCAGGCAAGGAGAAUCCUGCAGACUGUGCGUCUCGAGGUCUAUCAGCGCAUCAGCUGGUCGCUCAUAAGCUAUGGUGGACAGGGCCGCCAUGGCUUCAACAGGACAGCUCAUCAUGGCCGACUCACGCCUUGGAAAAGGACCUUAACGUAGACCUCGAGGAGAAGCCAGGAGUUCUCUUACAUCUCAAGGCUCAACCAAUCGCUCUCUGGGAUCUCAUCGACAGAUUCUCUUCGCUCAACCGUCUGCUCAGGGUCACAGCAAUCUGUCGAAGAUUCAUCGCUCGGCUCAGGAGAGUCCCUCAUUCAUCUCUUCAGUGCCCGCUCACACUUGGUGAUCUGGAAGAGGCUCGGAUCCUCUGGAUCAAACUCACGCAGGCAGCUCACUUCAAGGAUCAGCUCAGAUCAAUCUCACGAGGGGAGAGGUUCAGUAAAUCUCACCCUCUCACCAAGCUUACACCCUUCAUCGAUCACCAAGGGGUACUGAGAGUUGGCGGACGGCUCAAGUUCGCUCAUAUUGGCCCAGAGAGCCCGAAUCAAGCUAUCAUUCCGAGGGAAUCUCGGCUGGCUCAACUGCUCAUAGGACAAGCUCACCUCAGGACACUCCACAGAGGCACACAGCUCACUUUGCGACAGCUCAGAAGCAGCUACUGGAUACUCGGAGGCUGGGCACCAGUACGCUCCUUCAUACUCAAAUGCGUUAAAUGCACUCGCCAACGUGGAGUACGCGCGCAACAGCUCAUGGGCCAGUUGCCACCAGCAAGACUCUCCCCCGUUCGCGCCUUCCUCAACACGGGAGUCGACUAUGCCGGCCCCGUAUCGCUACGCUCAUGGAAAGGACGGGGUCACAAGUCGUACAAGGGCUGGUUGGCUAUCUUUGUCUGCAUGACCACCUCAGCGGUUCAUCUCGAGGUCGUGUCGGACUAUUCACCUGAAGGAUUCAUCGCAGCGUAUAGGCGCUUCUCAAGUCGGCGUGGGAUAGCUCACUCCUUGUUCAGUGAUUGCGGGACCAAUUUCCUUGGCGCUGACAAGGAACUUAGGAACCUCUUCUUAUCAGGAUCAGCUCAUUCCAGACAGCUCGCUCAGCUCCUUAUUAAUGAUGGGACCCAGUGGUCAUUCAAUCCUCCAGGCGCUCCACACUUUGGAGGGAAAUGGGAAGCGGCGGUGAAGUCGGUGAAGUUCCAUCUCACCCGAACGAUCGGAGAGGAUUUGCUCACUUUUGAGGAACUCACCACUUUGCUCGCUCAAAUCGAAGCGGUGCUCAACUCACGACCCCUGGAACCGCUCACGGAUGAUCCUGAUGACUGCUCAGCCUUGACACCGGGACACUUUCUCAUCGGUCAGGCUCCCACGACUCUUCCGGAACCAUCUUUAGAGCAACUCAACGUCUCGAGACUCUCUAGAUGGCAGCUCAUUCAGCAGAAACUCCAAGGAUUCUGGAAAUGGUGGUCCACGGGAUAUCUCCAAUGUCUUCAGGCGAUAUCCAAGUGGCACCAUCCGACUCAUCAACUACGGAUCGGCUCACUGGUUCUACUCACGGACGAGAGAUUUCCGCCAACGAAGUGGCCUCUCGCCCGAGUGACUGCUCUGCACCCAGGAUCGGAUGGACUCACCAGGGUAGUCAGCAUCAGGACUGCUCAGACGAUGCUGACGAGGCCAAUCGCCAAGCUCGUCAUCUUGCCCAUCUCACCUUCCGAGGAAUAG